UUCUGUUUUGCACAACCACCCCCUAACUUUACCUCAUCUUACUAUACUAAGCAGCUCUUUUCUUUUCUCAGUGUCGAGGCUUGUAAAUAGAUAAAUCACAGUCAACCAGUAAGCAGAGCAGUAUGGACAAGCUUAUUUGGACAGACAGAAACCAUGGACAGGACCAGAUUCAUCGGUGGGCAACCAUCUGUUACAACCAGGUGAGCAGUAAGUGCAGAGAAUUAAAUAUCCUGACUCUCAUUUUCCCCAGUUAUGUUGUACUGCUUUUAAUGUGAACCAAGACUGCUGAGCAGCCCAAUUCCUCCAGAACUUCCUCCCUAAUUUUGCGAAAUAAAAGGGAAGUCUCCUGUGAAGCUAAUGGGCUGCAAUUAGCCCGAGUUAAUGACAGAAAGGCAGGAAUAUGUUUUACAAAUAUUAAACACAUAUAACCUCUAAAAAGAACAAAUUGUAUGCACGAGUGUAUAAAAAAGAGUAUGUUUGCAGUAAUUGGAUGCCUGCUGAUUAAUUUUCUUCCCAUCAUGCUGUAUCGGACCAGGAGGCCUGCAGGAAGCCAGGGGAUCAAUCAGCAGGAAGGCUGCGUUUCGAAUCUACAACUACGGCGUCACACAGCAGGAUUGUGUGAACACACGGGUGUGCAGCGAGUGAACAGUGUGGCGAUGCAGCACAGGAUCUGCAGGCGCCCACUGGAUUACUGUGUAAGGAAAUAUAUGGAUCGUUUUUAUCGAACGAUUGCAAAAGUUAGCUCCUCU